UUUCUCUCUUUACUCUUCUUACCGUCCUCUCUUUUCUUACAUUUCUUAAACCCUUGUUCUUGGAAAGAAAUCUUAGAGAAAAGGAUCUGAAAAGUGCAGCGGAUUUUUGGGCUUGGCACUUUGCUGAGAUGGCUGAAGAACAAGCAAAGGUAGUCCCAGAGUCAGUUCUGAAGAAGCAGAAGAGAAAUGAAGAAUGGGCCUUGGCCAAGAAGCAGGAACUUGAUGCUGCUAAGAAGAAGAAUCUUGCUAAUCGCAAGCUCAUCUACAACAGAGCAAAGCAAUAUGCUAAGGAGUACGAGGAGCAGCAAAAGGAGCUCAUCAAAUUGAAGCGUGAGGCAAGGUUGAAAGGAGGUUUCUAUGUCAACCCAGAAGCUAAGCUGCUCUUUAUUGUGCGCAUCCGAGGUAUCAAUGCCAUGCAUCCGAGGACCAAGAAGAUAUUGCAGCUUUUACGUCUGAGACAGAUAUUCAAUGGUGUAUUCUUAAAGGUUAACAAGGCAACACUCAACAUGCUUCACCGAGUUGAGCCAUAUGUGGCAUAUGGGUACCCCAAUUUGAAGACUGUUAAGGAACUGAUUUACAAGAGGGGUUAUGGGAAGGUAAACAAGCAGAGGAUCGCAUUGACUGACAACUCAAUCAUUGAACAGACUCUGGGCAAGCAUGGUAUUGUCUGUAUUGAAGACCUUGUUCAUGAGAUCUUGACAGUUGGACCUCAUUUCAAGGAGGCUAACAAUUUCCUCUGGCCAUUCAAGCUUAAGGCUCCUCUUGGUGGCUUGAAGAAGAAGAGAAAUCACUAUGUCGAGGGAGGAGAUGCUGGAAACCGUGAAGAUUAUAUCAAUGAACUUAUCAGGAGAAUGAACUAGAUUUCUAUUAAAUGAUGCCUUUUUGCAAUUUUGGAGGUUCUGCGAUAGUGAACUCUUUAAGUUUCUUGGUGAUUCCUUUUUCAGACAUGCAGAUACGCAUUAUGUUCAGAACAAAAUUCUACAUUUUAUCCGCUGGACUUUGCAUAUUCAAGUAACUUAUUCCAUAUUUUCUGCUAGCGCAUUAUGAUUCA